UACCGUGAUGACGUAGUUCCAACGCGUCUGUUGGCCUAUCACAGUAGAGGAUGGGCGCGGUUUAGACUUUGCCCCGCCUUUGCUGGCCCUCGGACUUGUCCAAGCCCCUUGGCGCUUUCCUUUGUCCACAUCUGGUUGCUGGGUAGAUUAGCUCCGUCUUGUGUCUCCCCUUGAUUCUUCACUCACACAAUUCCUAAUAUGCUACUGAACAGUCUCCCAACCACCCUGGUUGGCCUAGAGUGAUGCACCCCUCCCCUCUCCAGACUGACCACAGCUUUUAUGGCCUGUGUUGGUCAGUCCUUACACACCUACACACACACCCAUCUGUAUUGUUUGUGUGUGUGUGUAACAAAACAAUAUUCAUCUUCAAACAAUAUGCUAACAGGCUAUAGUGCAUAAACAUAAAUCCUAACAAUAGCUAGCUGGAUAGCUAACAUACCCGACCAUGAGCUCACGAAGCUACUCCCCUCCUGCUAAAGAAGAGGCGGUCUGCUGGACGGAGAAAGAAGCUCUGGGGCUGAACAUUCUCGUGAAAGAGGAGAAGGAAGAGGAGGAUGUCACAGUAAAACAAGAAGUAGAGGGUGAGGCUGUUACAGUGAAAGAAAAAGAGAAAGACGUUACCGUUAAAGAAGAGGAAGAUUCGUUCAGAGUGAAAGAGGAAGAGGAUGUUACAGUAAAAGAAGAGGUGGAGGAACAGGAGAAGAUAACUGUCACAUCGAAGGAGGAGGAGGAGGCGACUAGGGAUCUUAUUAACAACAGAGAGAGACCAGACUCUCCUUCUGACAGCAGGAAGAGUCCUUCAGGGGAACCAGACCCUGAGACGUCCAAACCAGCAGGGCGACAUCACUGCUCCCAGUGUGGAAAGAGUUUUACUCAGUUAGGGAGCCUGAAAACACAUAAGAGAAUACACGCUGGAGAGAAGCCUUACCACUGCUCCUUUGUGUGUCCUCUCAUGCUGGUUCAGGUUUCCUAACUGGGCAAAAAGAGUUUUAGGUGGUUAGGGAGCGUGGAAAUGCAUGAGAGGACACACACAGGAGAAAAGCCUGUCCAAUGUUCCCAUUGUUGAAAGAGUUGUACCCAGUUAGGGAGCCGGAAGGAGAAAAGCCUUACCAAUGUUCCCAUUGUGGAAAGCAUUUUGCCCAGUUAGGAAACCUGAACCAGCAUGAGAGGACACACAAAGGAAAAAAGACGCACCACUGCUCCCACUGUGGAAAGAAAUUUACCUGGUUAAGGUACCUGAAAGAGCAUGAAAGAAUACAUACAAAUACACAGGAGGAGAAGACAUACCACUGCUCUCAUUGUGGAAAGACAUUUUCCCAGUCAGAGGACCUGAAAACACAUGAGAGAAUAGAGAGGCUGUGUUCUGACUUGUGUUUUGACUGAGAAUUUGUGUUUUUGUUUGGGCUGUCAGACUUGAGAACUUUUUGUAAUGUUAGUGCACAAAUAUUUGUUUUAUUGCAAUUAAUCCAUUGUCUGAAAGGGUUAGAAAUACACUGAAAACAUCUAAAAUACAUACUGUAUACCACUCAAAUCUACAAUGCCAUGUAAAAACAAGAUGACAAUGUAAUGUUUUUAUAAUGGUAUAAACUGCCUUUAUUUUUGCUGGACCCCAGGAAGAGGAGCUGCUCCCUUGGCAGGAACUAAUGGGGAUCCAUAAUACACCCCAGGAAGAAGAGCUGCUCCCUUGGCAGGAACUAAUGGGGAUCCAUAAUAAACCCCAUGAAGAGUAGCUGCUGCCUUGGCAGGAACUAAUGGGGAUCCAUAAUAAACCCCAGGAAGAGUAGCUGCUGCCUUGGCAGGAACUAAUGGGAAUCCAUAAUAAUCCCCAGGAGGAGUAGCUGCUGCCUUGGCAGGAACUAAUGGGGAUCCAUAAUAAACCCCAGGAAGAGUAGCUGCUGCCGUGGCAGGAACUAAUGGGAAUCCAUAAUAAUCCCCAGGAGGAGUAGCUGCUGCCUUGGCAGGAACUAAUGGGGAUCCAUAAUAACCCCCAGGAAGAGUAGCUGCUGGCUUGGCAGGAACUAAUGGGGAUCCAUAAUAAAUACAAAUACUUUAUCAAUAUAUUUGUCUCUCUUUACUCUUGGAUUCGAAAAUGCUAAUUAGCAUCAAAGGAGACAACAUGCAAGACUACAAAUCCCUGCAAGCUCCUGCAUGUUAUCUCUACCCGACACCUUUCACAGAGCAGUUCACAGAAUUGGCCAUUGAAAUACAUUUUUGACAAUUUAAUCAUUGCUACAUUAAGGCCUGAUUGGUGGAGUGCUGCAGAGAUGUUUGUCCUUCUGGAAGGUUCUCCCAUCUUCACAGAGGAACUCUGGAGCUCUGUCAGAGUGAACAUCGGGUUCUUGUUCACCUCCCUGACCAAGGCCCUUCUCCCCCGAUUGCUCAGUUUGGCCGGGCGGCCAGCUCUAGGAAGAGUCUUGGUGGUUCCAAACUUCUUCUAUUUAAGAACGAUGGAGGCCACUGUGUUCUUGGGGACCUUCAAUGCUGAAGACAUUUUUUGGUGCUUUUCCGCAGAUCUGUGCCUCGACACUAUCCUGUCUCAGAGCUCUAUGGACAAUUCCUUUGACCUCAUGGCUUGGUUUUUGCUCUGACAUGCACUGUAAACUGUGGGACCUUAUAUAGACAGGUGUGUGCCAUUCCAAAUCAUGUCUAAUCAAUUGAAUUUACCACAAGUGGUCUCCAAUCAAGUUGUAGAAACAUCUCAAGGAUGAUCAAUGGAAUCAGGAUGCAUCUGAGCUCAAUUUCGAGUCUCAGCAAAGGGUCUGAAUACUUAAGUAAAUACAUUUGCAAAAAUGUUAAAAAAAAAUGUUUUUGGUUUGUCAUUAUGGGGUAUUGUAUGUAGAUUGAUGAGGGGGAAAAUUAUUCAAUUUUAGAAUAAGGCUGUAACGUAACAAAAUGUGGGAAAAGUGAAGGGGUCUGAAUACUUAACGAAUGGACUGUAUACCACUGGCUGAGUUUUCUACAUCUGGCAGAAUUCUCUACUGCUGGCAGAGUUUUCUACCAUUGGCAGUUUUGUACACAGUCACGUGAUACGUGGUAUAUAAGUCCAAUCGUAGGAGAGUACAUGGGAGGCACUAUACUGUGUAUCUGCAGGUGUCUAUCUGGUCAAAACCACUGAUACAGGUGCCCCUCCACCCUCUGGUGGGAUGGAUCAUGUCUACAGAGAAACCUAGAUUCAAAUACUUAGAUUUAUGUGUAUUGGGUGUAUGUUGUGAAAUUGUUAGAUAUUACUUGUUAGAUAUUACUGCGCUGUCGGAGCUAGAACCACAAGCAUUUCGCUACACCGGCAAUAAUAUCUGCUAAACAUGUGUAUGUCACCAAUAAAAUGUGAUUUGAUUUUGAUUUGAAAUAAACAUCCUA